AUGUCGACGCUCAAAUACCGGCAUUUGGGCCGCGACUCGGCACACCGGCGCGCCCUGCUCCGCAACCUGGUGACCUCGCUGAUCGCCAACGAAUCGAUCUCCACCAGCUGGCACAAGGCCAAGGAGGCGCAACGGCUGGCGGAGAAGCUCAUCACGCUGGGCAAAAAGAACACGGGCGCGGCGCGGGAGCGGGCCAAGACCAUCUUCUUCGAGCCGGAGCGGGAGGGCCACAUGGACAAACUGUUCGGCGAGCUGCGGGCCCGCUACGCCCACCGGCCGGGGGGUUACACGCGGGUGCUGCGCCAGGAGCCCAUCCGCGAGGACCAGGCGCCCUCGGCCAUCCUCUCGCUGGUCGACGGCCCGCGCGACAUGCGCUUCAGCAUGACGGCCAAGGCGCUCGUGCGGCAGCGGCGCGAGAACCUCGACAUGUCGGAGGUCAUGGCCGCCAACAUCCGCAAGGUGACGCGGUUCCGGCUCGACGGGGAACAGGCCCUGGAAGAGGAGGUGGGCCGGCUGGAGAGGGACCAGGAGGAGCAGAGGGAAAAGGAGCGCAGGGAGUUUGAAGAGGACGGCACCGUGUACGAAUGGGUGAGGGGCGAGAAGGACCGGCCGGGCGAUAUCAAGGGGAAGGAGAAGAAGGGCCCUGGACGGCUGAGGAGGCAGAGGGUCGGUGAGGACAAGGCCGUCCCUUGA